AUGCCUGAACGCGAAGAAGACAGAGAGUCGAUUUCGGAGCCUCUCCCUGAAGACCUUCAAAAGAUCGUGGACAAGGAAGAGUCAGAUAGGCAAAUCCGGGCAGACUACGAGAAUUCAUUUACAUCUACUUCUCCAAAACAUUCUCUGAAGGAGCUUGUUACCGAACGAUUGGAUGAGAACCCCGACGUACCUCAUAAUUCGUCAGAAAAGACGCAAGAAAAGUCUCAGGGAUGA